AUGAGCGAUGUCCCCACCCUGGACUAUGAGCUGCUGCUGUCCCCCGGGCCCUCCCUCCCUGGGGCCCCCAGCAGCCCUCCUCUGGUGGGGGGCGACGCGGAGCAGAGGACGGCCUUCGCCUUCGUGGGGCUCCUCAUGCUCUUCCUGGUCUUCCUGCUGGUGCGCUGCUUCCGCAUCCUGCUGGACCCCUACAGCCGCAUGCCAUCCUCCUCCUGGACCGAACACAAAGAGGGCACAGAGAGGGGGCAGUUUGACUACGCCCUGGUCUAGACCUGGGUCGUGUUCAUUAGGCACCAAACGGACUGAAACAGUGAGGGACUACCAGAACUUGUCCAAUAAGGAAGGCUUGUUUUUGUUUUCCGUUGCACAACGUUUUGCUACGGUGUUCCCUAAUGAAAACGACCCUGGUAGGGUCUAAAGGGGGCAGUUUGACUGGCCCUGCUGUAGAAACACACAAGUAGUCAGACUGGAGCUCUCAAGACCCAGACCAAGAUCAGAACCCUCAAGACCCACACUGAGAUCAGAACCCUCAAGACCCACACUGAGAUCAGAACCCUCAAGACCCACACUGAGAUCAGAACCCUCAAGACCCACACUGAGAUCAGAAGCCUCAAGACCCAGACCGAGUUCAGAAGCCUCAAGACCCAGACCGAGAUCAGAAGCCUCAAGACCCAGACCGAGAUCAGAAGCCUCAAGACCCAGACCGAGAUCAGAAGCCUCAAGACCCAGACCGAGAUCAGAAGCCUCAAGACCCAGACCGAGAUCAGAAGCCUCAAGACCCAGACCGAGAUCAGAACCCUCAAGACCCAGACCAAAAUCAGAACCCUCAAGACCCAGACCGAGAUCAGAACCCUCAAGACCCAGACCGAGAUCAGAACCCUCAAGACCCAGACCGAGAUCAGAAGCCUCAAGACCCAGACCGAGAUCAGAACCCUCAAGACCCAGACCGAGAUCAGAAGCCUCAAGACCCAGACCGAGAUCAGAAGCCUCAAGACCCAGACCGAGAUCAGAAGCCUCAAGACCCAGACCGAGAUCAGAAGCCUCAAGACCCAGACCGAGAUCAGAAGCCUCAAGACCCAGACCGAGAUCAGAAGCCUCAAGACCAUCCUCCUUGAAACUCAGAUCAAGAGGUAG